AUGGAAAAAACCAACGUUCUUGUUGUGGGGAAUGGUGGCCGUGAACACGCUCUUGUGUGGAAACUGGCCCAAUCUCCUUUGGUGAAAGAAAUCUUUGUUGCUCCAGGUAAUGGUGGAUUUACCCAACUUGAGAACGUGACCAGUGUGGCUAUUGGCUCUUCUCCAGCCGACUUUGACAAGUUGGUGGAGUUUGCCUUGAAGAACGAUGUUGGUCUUGUUAUCCCUGGUCCUGAACAGCCUUUGGUUGAUGGAAUUUCCACCUGGUUUCAAAAGGCAGGCAUUCCUGUCUUUGGACCUAGUGCUAAAGCUGCCAGAAUGGAGGGUUCCAAGUCUUUCUCCAAAGACUUUAUGAAGGCCCACAACAUUCCCACCGCCGCCUACGAGUCGUUCACCGAUUACGAAAAGGCCAAGAAGUACAUUGAUGAGUCCAACUACAACUUGGUUAUCAAGGCUUCUGGAACAGCUGCAGGAAAGGGCGUCUUAAUCCCUGCUAAUAAAAAGGAGGCCCAUGAAGCCAUCAAGGAGAUCAUGGUGGAUAGAAAGUUUGGCUCUGCUGGAGACGAAGUUGUCAUUGAGGAAUUCCUUGAAGGUGACGAGCUCUCCAUCUUGUGUUUGAGUGAUGGAUACUCUUUCUUUGACCUUCCUCCUGCACAGGACCACAAGCGGAUUGGCAACAACGACACUGGUCUCAACACGGGUGGAAUGGGUGCUUACUCGCCUGCUCCAAUUGGAACUCCUGCUUUGUUGGAGAAGAUCAGAAAAACUGUCUUGAAGCCAACCAUCGACGGUAUGAGAAAAGACGGCUAUCCAAUGGUUGGAUGUCUGUUUGUGGGAAUAAUGGUCACUCCUGCUGGAGAGCCAAAGGUUCUCGAGUACAACGUCCGUUUCGGAGACCCAGAGACCCAGACCGUGUUGCCAUUGCUGAAGUCUGAUCUUUUGGAGAUCAUGUUGGCUACCGUGGAACACCGUUUGGACAGUGUCGACUGCCAAAUCUACAACAACAAGUUCAGCACUACUGUGGUGAUGUCUGCUGGUGGUUACCCAGACGCUUAUAGAAAAGGUGACGAGAUUACCGUCAAAGAGCCGUUGCCUGCAGACACGUUCAUUUUCCACGCUGGAACCAAACUUGUUGACGGCAAGGUUGUGACCGCUGGUGGUCGUGUCAUUGCUGCUACUGCUGUGGCCGACAGUUUGAAAGAUGCUGUCAAGAAGGCAUACGUUGGUGUUGAUCACGUGACCUUCAAGGACAAGUACAACCGUACAGACAUCGCACACCGUGCGUUCAGAGAGGAUAGAUCGCAGAGCAAGGUUUCCAUCACAUAUGAGGACUCUGGAGUUUCUGUCGAUUCCGGUAACAAGCUCGUUGAGCAGAUCAAACAGAGCGUCAGAUCUACCAAGAGACCGGGAGCAGACUCCGAGAUUGGAGGAUUCGGAGGUCUUUUCGACCUCAAGCAGGCGGGAUACACUGACAUCAACAAUACUUUGCUUGUUGCUGCCACCGAUGGUGUUGGAACUAAGCUGAGGGUGGCCCAGAUUAUGGACAUUCACAACACCGUUGGAAUUGACCUGGUUGCCAUGAAUGUCAACGAUUUGGUUGUUCAAGGAGCUGAGCCAUUGAUGUUCUUGGACUACUUUGCAACUGCACACCUUGACAUCAAGGUUGCUGCUGCAUUCGUGGAAGGAGUUGCCAAUGGUUGCAAAUUGUCUGGCUGUGCACUUGUUGGAGGAGAGACCAGUGAGAUGCCAGGAAUGUACGCUCCAGGUCAUUACGACACCAACGGAACUGCUGUUGGAGCUGUGAUCAAGAAGGAUAUUCUGCCAAAGGUUGACGAAAUGAAGGCCGGUGACAUUCUUCUUGGUAUUGGGUCUGACGGUGUUCAUUCCAACGGAUUCUCGCUGAUCAGAAAGAUCAUCGACACCACGGACUACAAAUACACCGACCCUGCUCCAUGGAAGCCAGAGUCUACCAUUGGAGAGGAGAUUUUGAUUCCUACCAGAAUUUACGUCAAGCAGCUGCUACCUGCUACCAAACAGGGAUUGAUUCUCGGAUUGGCCCACAUCACCGGUGGUGGAUUGAUUGAAAACAUCCCAAGAGCCCUGCCAGACACUCUGAGCGCUGUUUUGGAUAUGAACCAAUGGGAGGUGCCCGAGAUCUUCAAAUGGCUUGGAAAGACCGGCGGAGUGCCAAUCCCCGACAUUCUCAAGACUUUGAACUUGGGUAUUGGUAUGGUGGCCAUUGUCAAGCCAGAGAAUGCCGACAAGGUCACCCAAAUACUUCGCGAAGCUGGAGAGAAGGUCUACACCAUUGGUAAACUUGUUGAGCGCAAACAACUUCCAGGCUGUGUUGUUAACAACACGCACGGCUUAUACUAA